UCGGUUGUUCAGUACAGCAGCGAUCCAGCCGUCCAGUUCUAUCUGAACACGUACACCGAGGUCCUUGACAGUGUCAGAGGUUUGAGGCACAAAGGCGGACGACCCCUCAACACUGGAGCAGCUCUCCGGUACUUGAGGGAUAACGUCUUCACGGCCUCUGCCGGAAGCAGGUGGCCAUCAGGAGUUCCGCAGGUCCUAAUAUUGAUCACUGGUGGAAGAUCAUUUGACAGUAUUGAUGAACCAGCCUCUGCUCUCAAACAGCUGGGUGUCUUGACCAUUGCAAUUGGAACCCGAGGCUCUGACCCCAGAGAACUUCAGACCAUAACUGGCGAGCCCAGUCAUGCUGUAUCUGUGUCUGAGUUCACUGACCUUCCCAAUGUUCAAGAACAGCUCUCUUCUGUAAUGAGCACAGUGCCAAUGAGGGUCACACCUUUGACCCCAACAGUGACUGUGGUCAGACAGCCAGCAGGAAGGGAUGUGGUGUUUUUGCUGGAUGGAUCUGAUGCUACUAGAAGUGGAUUCCCAGCUAUGAGAGACUUUGUCCAAAAACAAGUAGACACACUCAGUGUGGAUGAUGGCAAAGACCGUGUGUCGGUUGUUCAGUACAGCAGCGAUCCAGCCGUCCAGUUCUAUCUGAACACGUACACCACAAAAAGAGAGGUCCUUGACAGUGUCAGAGGUUUGAGGCACAAAGGCGGACGACCCCUCAACACUGGAGCAGCUCUCCGGUACUUGAGGGAUAACGUCUUCACGGCCUCUGCCGGAAGCAGGCGGCCAUCAGGAGUUCCGCAGGUCCUAAUAUUGAUCACUGGUGGAAGAUCAUUUGACAGUAUUGAUGAACCAGCCUCUGCUCUCAAACAGCUGGGUGUCUUGACCAUUGCAAUUGGAACCCGAGGCGUGGUGUUUUUGCUGGAUGGAUCUGAUGCUACUAGAAGUGGAUUCCCAGCUAUGAGAGACUUUGUCCAAAAACAAGUAGACACACUCAGUGUGGAUGAUGGCAAAGACCGUGUGUCGGUUGUUCAGCUGGGUGUCUUGACCAUUGCAAUUGGAACCCGAGGCUCUGACCCCAGAGAACUUCAGACCAUAACUGGCGAGCCCAGUUAUGCUCUAUCUGUGUCUGAACUUACUGACCUACCCAAAGUGCAACAGCAACUUGAGUCCUCUGUGGAAGCUGCAGUUUUUGAAGUCACCCAGAAUUACAACCAGAGAGUGGUGGAGAAAAUCAAUGUGGGAGAAAACAAAGACCAUGUCUCUGUGGUCCAGUACAGCAGAGAACCAGAGGUCCAUUUCUAUCUGAACACAUAUACCACAAGGGAGGAUGUGGUGGACUCGGGUUUGAGGCACAAAGGCGGACGACCCCUCAACACUGGAGCAGCUCUCCGGUACUUGAGGGAUAACGUCUUCACGGCCUCUGCCGGAAGCAGGCGGCCAUCAGGAGUUCCGCAGGUCCUAAUAUUGAUCACUGGUGGAAGAGAGGUCCUUGACAGUGUCAGAGGUUUGAGGCACAAAGGCGGACGACCCCUCAACACUGGAGCAGCUCUCCGGUACUUGAGGGAUAACGUCUUCACGGCCUCUGCCGGAAGCAGGCGGCCAUCAGGAGUUCCGCAGGUCCUAAUAUUGAUCACUGGUGGAAGAUCAUUUGACAGUAUUGAUGAACCAGCCUCUGCUCUCAAACAGCUGGGUGUCUUGACCAUUGCAAUUGGAACCCGAGGCUCUGACCCCAGAGAACUUCAGACCAUAACUGGCGAGCCCAGUUAUGCUCUAUCUGUGUCUGAACUUACUGACCUACCCAAAGUUUUCAUUUUUUUGUCCUACUGUCUUUUCUCAGCUUCACGUGACAGAAAAGAUAUUGUAUUCCUUCUGGAUGGUUCUGAUGGCACAAGGAAUGGCUUUCCUGCCAUGCGUGAUUUUGUAGAGAGAGUGGUGGAGAAAAUCAAUGUGGGAGAAAACAAAGACCAUGUCUCUGUGGUCCAGUACAGCAGAGAACCAGAGGUCCAUUUCUAUCUGAACACAUAUACCACAAGGGAGGAUGUGGUGGACUCGGUCAGAGGGCUUAGACACAGAGGAGGAAGACCCCUAAACACUGGGGCAGCUCUCCAAUACGUCAGAGACAACGUCUUUACAAACUCCUCUGGAAGUAGACGCCUGCAGGGAGUUCCGCAGGUCCUAAUAUUGUCGGUUGUUCAGUACAGCAGCGAUCCAGCCGUCCAGUUCUAUCUGAACACGUACACCACAAAAAGAGAGGUCCUUGACAGUGUCAGAGGUUUGAGGCACAAAGGCGGACGACCCCUCAACACUGGAGCAGCUCUCCGGUACUUGAGGGAUAACGUCUUCACGGCCUCUGCCGGAAGCAGGCGGCCAUCAGGAGUUCCGCAGGUCCUAAUAUUGAUCACUGGUGGAAGAUCAUUUGACAGUAUUGAUGAACCAGCCUCUGCUCUCAAACAGCUG